AUGAGCCAGCGCCCCCAGCACCGCGAGGUCCCACCGCGAGCGCAGCGCCCCCUCCCCAGCCCGGGCACCAAGCCCAGAGCCGCCAAACCCCCCAGACCCAAACGGCUCCGCACCAAACGCGAGCGCGACGCCGCCAAGUUCGGCCCCAAGCCGCCCCCCCUGGGGGGCUGCCGCCCACCCUGGGCCCCCCGCCGCCGGCCGCAGCCCCCCCAGCGCGGGGGUCUCGCUCUGGGCAGCCCCCUGGGCCCCCCCAAGCCCGUGGUGAUCACCCAGCACCGCCUGUGCCACCGCGGCCUCUUCAACCACGAGGUGAAAUCGCUGGACGUCCGCCGCCUGCUGACCCCAGGCCCCGCCGGGGACGGACCCCCGGCCCCCGGCCCCCCGAACUGGGAGGGGGCGCAGCGCGGGGGGCUCCCGGGCGAGGCGCUGGGGGAGCUGGUGGCCGGGCUGGCCUCGCUGCUGGGCGGCCUGGGGCUGUUCGUGGGGCGGGAUUUGGUCAGCGAGCGGCGCCGCAGCCUCGUGGCCGCGCUCAGGAAGCACCACCGGCGGGGACCCCCGGACCUGGGCGUGUUCCUGGCCCACCGGACCCCGGCCCAGCCCGCAGGUACUGCCCCCGACCCGAGGGGAGGGAGCUUUUCACCCCAAAAUAUUGUCCCCUUCGUUAUUACCCCAAAAUACUGUCACCUUUGUUUUCACCCCAAAUCAAGUGCUGUCUCCAGCAGGGACCCCCGGGAGGAGGCAAGGCCGGGACCCCCAGGACAAGUGGUCAGUUUGGGGGGGUGGGAGGUGGGGGUCCACCCUGCUGGGACCCCCAGCCCACUUCAUGUUGGCCACACGGUGAGUGCCCCAAAAUGCCCCAAAAGUGUCCGAAAUGCCCCAAAAAACCUCCGAAAUUGCCCUAAAAGGGCUUCAAAAGUGUCCCAGAAAAUCUCGAAAAGUGCCCCAAAAAUACUCCAACUACCCCCCCGCACCCCCAGCCCCAUUUUUGGAGCGCUCCGAGAGCGGGAGAACCCUUUCUCGUGGAGCUCGGCCGAGGAUGAGGAGGAUGAGACCCCCGGGGGGCUCCCCCAGACCUGGGCUGGUCGCGGGGGGCUCCUGCCGCCGCCUCCCCCCUUCUGGAGAUCCCCCCAGCCCCCUCCCCAACCCCCCUGGGGUUCCCCGGAGCCCCCCCGGACCCCCUCGAGACUCCUCUGGGACCUCGCCCGAGCCCCCCCGACCCCCCCCAGGCCCUGCCGAGCCCCCCAGAUCUGGAGCCCGGACCCCCCCAGGCCCCCGUGGGACCCCCGACCCUGGAGCCCGGAGCCCCCCCGGGCCCCGCUGGAUGCCCCCAGACCCCCGUGGGACCCCCCAGACGCCCCCAGGCCCCUCUGGGACUCCCCAGAUCCCAGGCAGAGCCCCCAGCUCUGGAGCGCGGCGCCCGCCUGGGACCCCCCGGCCGCCCCCAGACCCUCACGGGACCCCCGGCCCUGGAGCCCGGAGCCGCCGGGAGCCCCCCAGGACACGACGGAACCGUCACGAUGCUGCUGCCGCCGCCGGCUCUGUCGCGACAUGGCCCAGCGCCGCAACCCGCUCUGCCACCAGCGCGCCGCCCGUCCCUGCCGCGACCCUUUCCACCGCGCCCCGCCCCCUCUCUGUCGCGACGUGCCGUGUCGCGACCCGCCCCGCUGCUGCCACCAGCCCCCCAAGCGGCGCCGGCCCGACUGGGGAGGGGUCGGGGGGCGCCCCUGGGGAGGGGGCUCCUCCCCCUCGCCCCCCGUCCCGGGCGGCUGCGGGUGCCCCUGCAGGGGCGGCUGCUGGGCGGGCGCUGCCCGGUGA